AUGAAGCCCAACCCCACAGGUUCCUCCCCAGAGGCCUGCAAAGCUGCCGGCCAGGGGACCAAGAUGCCGCAGCAGAAGGCUCAGGCCAGACCCAGCCAGGCUCCUAGGCAGAAGGCUCUGGUGACUGGAGGAGGAGGCUAUCUGGGCUUUAGCCUGGGCUGCAGCCUGGCCAAGAGCGGCACCUCUGUCGUCCUGCUCGACCUCCGCAGACCCCAGUGGGAGCUGGCUCCAGGCACCGAGUUCAUCCAGGCUGAUGUCCGAAAUGAGGAGGCCCUCUCCCGAGCAUUUCAAGGGGUGGACUGUGUCUUCCACGUUGCCUCCUAUGGAAUGUCUGGUGCUGAGAAGCUGCAAAAAGAGCAGAUUGAGUCUAUAAAUGUUGGAGGCACCAAACUAGUGAUUGAUGUCUGCGUUCGGCGGCGCGUUCCGAGGCUCGUCUACACCAGCACUGUCAACGUCGUGUUUGGCGGGAAGCCCAUAGAGCAGGGGGAUGAGGACACUGUGCCGUAUUUUCCACUGGAGAAGCACAUGGACCACUAUUCCCGAACCAAAGCCAUUGCUGACCAGUUGACCCUGAUGGCCAAUGGGACGCCUCUUCCAGGAGGAGGCACUCUGCGGACAUGUGUGCUCCGGCCCCCGGGCAUCUACGGCCCCGAAGAGCAGAGACACUUGCCCCGUGUGGCGAACCACAUCAAGAAGAGGCUGUUCAUGUUCCGAUUUGGGGACCGCAGGACACGGAUGAACUGGGUCCAUGUGCACAACUUGGUGCAGGCGCACCUGCUGGCGGCUGAAGCCCUCACUGCAGCCAAGGGCUUCGUGGCGAGCGGGCAGGCAUACUACAUCAACGAUGGGGAGAGUGUCAAUCUCUUCGAGUGGAUGGCCCCACUGUUUGAGAAGCUGGGGUACAGCCAGCCCUGGAUCCAGGUGCCUACUUCCUGGGUUUACCUGACAGCCACAGUCAUGGAGUAUCUGCACCUGGCCCUCAGGCCCAUCAGCAGCAUCCCACCGCUGCUCACCCGGAGUGAGGUGUGCAGCGUGGCGGUGACGCACACCUUCCAGAUCGCCAAGGCCCGCGCUCAGCUCGGCUACGCGCCGGAGAAGUUCAGCUUCGCCGAAGCCGUGGACUGUUACGUGCGGGCCACGUCCGGACGGCCCCGCGGCUCCCCGGCGCGGACGCCCGUGCGGCUGCUGCUCGGGCUGCUGCUGCUCCUCGGCCUGCUCGCCGUGGCCCUGCACCUCCUGAAACUGCAGCCCCGAAGGGCGGCCGCCGAGCGCCCCUCCGCCCCCUGGGCCCCGGCUCUGCCCCUGUUCCGCCCUGGGGACGUGUACCCGCCCCUGCUCCGCCCCCUGGGUCCCGGCUCUGCCUCUGUUCCGCCCUGGGGACGUGUACCCGCCUCUGCUCCGCCCCCUGGGUCCCGGCUCUGCCCCUGUUCCGCCCUGGGGACGACGUGUACCCGCCCCGGCUCCGCCCUCUGGGCCCCGGCCCUGGCCCCGGGUCCCUCUCUUCUGUCCUCUGGACGUGUACCCGCCCCUACUCCGCCCCCCUGGGCCCCGGCUCUGCCCCUGUUCCGCCCUGGGGACGUGUAUCCGCCCCUUGGGCCCUGGCCCCGGCCCCCUCUGUUCUGUCCUCUGGACGUGUACCCGCCCCUGCUCCGCCCCGUGGGCCCCGGCUCUGCCCCUGUUCCACCCUCUGGACGUGUACCCGCCCCCUGGGCCCUGGCGGGGGCCCUCUGUUCUAGCCUCUGGACGUGUACCUGCCCUUGCUCUGCUCCCUGGGCCCUGGCCUCCUCUGUCCCGCCCUCAGGACGUGUACUCGCUCCGGUUCUGGACUCCUCGCUGUGUCCAUGCUGGGCCUUCUUUCCGCCUCUGCCUGGUUCUGAUCGGCUCACGGAAUCUCCCUUGACCUGGUUCCGGUCCAUUUCUGACCGUACCAGCACGCCACCCCUUGGCUUCUCCUUCAGGGGUCUGGACUUCAGGGACUCCGCGCCCCUCACUUCAGGUCGGGUCUCGCCCCUCGUAGAAUUCGGUCCUGGGCCCACCCGCCUCCUGUUUGGCUCAGUCCCCUUUGCAGCCGCGCCUCCUGGGCAGUUAGGCACCCCUUCUCGAAAUACCCACUUAAGACCGUGGCCCCUCGCCGCCGGGUGCUGGGCCGCUCCACGCAUUAUAUCCUCACGCUGCGUGCUCAGCGGCGGAGGAGCCACGGACGCAGCGCCUAGUCCUGCACCGGAGGCUCGGAGGAGCGCGCAAGCCCAGGGCGCUGCGUGGCGGCUGCAGCAGCGGGGACCGCCACCGGGGGGCGUCCACCUGCGCGCCGCCGGCCGCUGCCCCGCCCCGCCGCCCGUUUCUGCCCCGGCCCCAGCCGCAGCUCCAGCCCCAGCUCCGUUCGACUCUGGUCCGAAUCGACACCCGCACGCUGGUCGCUGCCGCUGCCCCAGUCGCAGUCGCUGCCGCUUGCUCGCGCGCUCUGGGUCCGCGCCGCUCGCGCCUCCGCAUCGUUCCAGCGUCCUCGCGCGCCCCAGGAUCGUUGCUGCAGCCCCCGCGCCCCGGGGUCUAGGCAUCCGCCCCGUGCGGCCCCCGCUGUCUCACCGGAGCGCCGGCCCGCGCGCCCCGCUCGCCGCUCCCCGGCACGCUCGGGGGGCCCGUCCGCCCUGCACCCUGGAGCGCCGGGCCGCAAGCCUCUGCAAACUCCUCUGGCUCCUCGCGGCCGUGUGCAACAGCUGCCGCGCCUGCCCACCCGACGGAGGGCAGCGUUCCUGCUGCAGGAGGUCGCUCAGGGGCCUCCGCCCGGCGCCGCCGCGGUCCCGGACGGUGGGCGCGGUGCUGCCUUCCGUUCUCCUGCUGGGACGGGCGCGAGAGCCCCCACUGUGUGCCCUGAACCCGCGGCCUGCGUCGGCCGGAAUUCCCGGAGCUUUGAGAACCGUGUAG